UUGGAGAAGAACUACAAACGAUCGAUACUAUGGGAUUUUACACCGGCUCUGCUAAGGAUAAGGAGUACACCGAACAGAAGGCACAGGGCUUUGUCGAUAGAGCGUCUGAGUAUGGUGGGUUCAACCUGACGAGGGACCAUACAGUCGAUUCCAUCGGGAGAUACUGGUUCAAGCCUUUCCUCAACGUUGACAGGGUGCUGGAUAACUGGGACUACUUCGGUAAUCUGAAAGGUGGAUGGAACAGCAGAGGGCUCAGUGCGUACCCUACGCCUUCCACCACUGAGUAUCAGCAGUGUAAGGAGGGUGACGGCGUAUCCGCUUGGGACGAUAAGGGAUGGUGGAGAUGUCUGUUCCCAUCCAAAUCGAACUACAAUGACGAGCUGUCAUACAGCGAUGUCUCUAAUGAUUCUGAGAACAAGCAUGGCUUGUUCUUCAAGGAUUAUAAUAGCUUGAUGGAUUGGAAUCUGGAGAUGCGCAAACUCGUCAAGCAGAAGUACGAUGAGACAAUCAGGUUCGAGAAGGAGCGUGAGAACAUCCAGCAGAUCUACGAUGAGCACGCUAAGGACCUGGACUUUGACUUGCCUGCGGUGGAGAAGGACAAUACAAAGGUUUCAGAGUACCAGAACGGGUAUACCAGCUCCUCGAAGUCUGUUCGCAUCCGUACUCUGGACAAUGGUGAUAUCGAGGAGAUCACGGAGAUCCACCAGAGAUUCCCUGAUGGCUCGAAGGAGAAGAAGAAGUUCAGAAAGCUCAUUCCGAAGGAUGGCGAGCCUCCGGUUCUGGAGGACUUGUCCAACGAGAACAAGUCUGGGUGGAUCUGGAACAAGUGAUUCCCUCUCAAGCCUCUUAUAUAUAUGAACAAGAUUGACUGAUAAUGACUGAUACGCUAUUACUAUUACUGCAACUGCUGUAGCCACCAUUGCCAUAACUACCAUGGUGAAGCAUCAUCAGCUUUCGCUAUAUAACGAUACCGUGAGAUGGUCACUGUCUGCAUGCUUCAGGGAGUUAUACUGCUGAUACAAGCUCGUUGUGAUUGUUUUACUGAAAGCAUUGAUAGCUCAGUUACAGCUGAUGAUGCCUGUGUGUAGUUGCGGCAUCUUAUCAGCUGUAACAUAAACAUCACCAAUAUUAGAGGUAAGAGUAGGAACACACAUAUAUAAGCAC